CUUACCUGUUUCACGACAGUCUAGUCAGUCACCUCUGUGGCUUGCUAUCCAACAUAGUCAAAACAUUGGAGCUCUUUAGACGCUUUCGGUGUAUAUUUGCCUCUGUGUUUUAAACUUCUUUCGUGUAGCUAGUUGCCCCAUUUAAGUUCAUAUUUACGUUGUUAGACAGGUAGCUAGCUAGCUAAGUUAGCUUAGCACCAGGCUACUCGUUAAUGCUAACUAGCGUCACCAACCAUGAGCUCACUAAACUACUCCCCUCUUGCUAAAGAAGAGGUCUGCUGGACGGAGAAAGAAGCUCUGGGGCUGAACGUUGUCGUAAAAGAAGAGGAGGAGGAUGUUUCAGUAAAAGGAGAGGAAGAAGCUUUCAGAAUGAAAGAGGAGGAAGAAGUAGAGGAAUCUUUUAGAUGGAAAGAAGAAGAGGGGAUAGAGGCUGUCACAGUGGAAGAAGAGGAGAUAGACGUUUUCAGAAUGAAAAAGGAGGAAGAGGAGGCCAUAACAUUGAAAGAAGAAAAGGAGGAUAUUAUAGUGAAAGAACCUUUUGGAGAGGAAGAGGAGGCUAUCUUACAUAAAGAGGAGGAGGAAGACGUAUUGGGAGAUGAAGAGGAGGUGGAAGGAGAGGAAGAUGAGACUGAAGAUCUGAUUAUCACCAGAGAGAAACCAGACUCUCACUCUGACAGCGGGAAGAGUCAUUCAGAGAAUCCAGACCCAGAGAUUCCCAAACCAGCGACAGGACACAACUGCUCCCACUGUGGAAAGAGUUUUAAGUGGUUAUCUAAGCUCAAAGAGCAUGAGAGAACACACACAGGAAAAAAGCUCUUCCAAUGUUCCCAUUGUGAAAAGAGAUUUAACCAGUCAUCACUUCUGAAAGAGCAUGAGAGAAUACACACAGGAGAGAAGCCUUUCCAAUGUCCCCAGUGUGGAAAGGGUUUUACAUGGUUAAGGCACCUGAAAGAGCAUGAGAGGAUACACACAGGAGAGAAGCCUUUCCAUUGCUCCCAGUGUGGAAAGCGUUAUACCCGAUUAGCACACCUAAAAAUACAUGAGAGAAUUCACUCUGGAGUGAAGGCUUACCUCUGUUCCCAGUGUGGAAAGAAUUUUAGGUGGUUAGAGAACCUGAAGCAGCAUGAAAGGACACAUACGGGGGAGAAGCCUUACCAUUGCGCUCAGUGUGGAAAGGAUUUUACCACAUUAGGGAACGUAAAAGAGCAUAAGAAGAAACACACAGGAGAAAAACCUUUACAAUGUUCCCAGUGUGGAAAGAGAUUUACACAUUUAGGAAAUCUGAAAAGGCAUGAAGGAAUACACACGAGAGAAAAACUCUACCACUGCUCUCAUUGUGGAAAGUGUUUUACCCAGUUAGGGUAUUUGAAAAAACAUGAGAAAAUACACUCUGAAGAAAAGCCUUACCCCUGUUCCCACUGUGGAAAGAGUUUUCGGUGGUUAGGGGACCUGAAAGAGCAUGAGAGGACGCACACAGGGGAGAAACCUUACCAUUGCUCUUUGUGCGGUAAGGAUUUUACCAAGUUAGGGAACCUAAAAGAGCAUAAGAAGAAACACACAGGAGAAAAGCCUUACCAAUGCUCCAUGUGUGAAAAGACUUUUACCCAGUUAGGGGGCCUGAAAUAUCACGAGGGGACACACACAGAAAAAAAGACCUACCACUGCACUCAGUGUCAAAAGACAUUUACCCGAUUAGGGAACCUGAAAAAGCAUGAGAGAAUACACACACUCAGGUGAUAAGACCGUCCACUGCUCCCAGAACCUGAAAGAGCAUAAGAAGAAACACACAGGAGAAAAGCCUUACCAAUGCUCCUUAACCUCUUAAUGACUUUAACCUUUCAUGAGUGUGGCCGUGUCAUCUGACCAUGCCACCGAUUUUAAUCCAAGUGCCAAAGAACUGUACCCAGAACUGUACCCAGUACCACAACAUUUUAUUUUAGCCAAAAACCUGGCAUUGCCAGGAAGCUGACACUUGAGGCCACUGUGUUCUUGGGAACCUUCAAUGCUGCAGACAUUUUUUGGUACCCUUCGUCAGAUCUGUGCCUUCCAGCUCCUGUCUCGGAGCUCUUCGGACAAUUCUUUCGACCUCAUGGCUUGGUUUUUUGCUCUUACGUGCACUGUAAACCUUUUUAUAGGUUGUCCUUCUGGAAGGUUCUAUAUAAACAGGUGUGUGUCUCUUUCCAAAUCGUGUCCAUUCAGUUGAAUUUACCACAGGUGGAGUCCAAUCAAGUUGUAGAAACA